CAUUCUGGGUGCAUUGUCCCACCCGUCACUGUACCCAAAGUACCCAAACUCCCUCCGGUUACAGUCCCUAAAGUUCCCAUAGUACUCCCGCCAGUUGUCCCGGUGGUGCCCAAACUGCCCGUCCCACUUCCGCCCGUCACAGUUGUCCCUCCGCCGGUGACGGACCCGAAGGUGCCGUGCCCGCCGCCUCCGGCGACGGUGAAGCCGCCGCCGACGGCGAGCUGCCCGAUUGACUCGCUGAAGCUGGGUGCGUGCGUGGAUCUUCUAGGAGGGCUGGUCCACAUAGGGCUGGGUGACCCGGCGGCGAACGAGUGCUGCCCGAUAAUUUCGGGGUUGGUUGAGAUUGAGGCGGCGGUUUGUCUGUGCACAACUUUGAAGAUAAAAGCGCUGAAUCUGAACAUAUAUUUGCCACUUGCUCUUCAGCUUCUUCUCACCUGUGGAAAAGCGCCGCCGCCUGGAUACACUUGUUCUAUCUAGAUCUUCAUAUUCAGGUUCAGUAGUGUGUGUGUGUGUGUGUGUGUUAUAAUGUG